CGCGGAACAUCCCGCAUGCUCAGUAGCCCCGGACCCCAAAUGACCUCUGGACUGGGGAGAGCGGUAGUGAGCGCGGCGAGUGACUAGUAGGUUGAGAACGCGGUUUUCCGGUGCCUCUCCCGCGUCUUUCCUCGAGCCUCGUCACAGCUCUGGCACACUGACCAUGGCCUCAGGCCCCACGGUGCUGAUGCGCUUGGUAGCCUCGGCCUAUUCCAUCGCACAGAAGGCUGGGAUGAUUGUCAGACGCGUGAUCUCGGAGGGAGACCUGGGCAUCGUGGAGAAGACCUGUGCCACGGACCUGCAGACCAAAGCCGACCGGCUGGUGCAAAUGAGCAUCUGUUCCUCGCUGGUACGGAAGUUCCCCAAGCUGACCAUCAUCGGGGAGGAGGAUCUGCCCCCUGAGGACGUGGACCAAGAGCUCAUCGAGGACGGCCAGUGGGAGGAGAUCCUGAAGAAGCCAUGCCCGGCACAGUAUCGCGCCAUUAAAGAAGAGGAUCUUGUGGUUUGGGUUGACCCUCUGGACGGCACCAAGGAAUACACUGAAGGUCUCCUCGACAAUGUGACGGUUCUCAUUGGAAUUGCCUACGAAGGGAAGGCCAUCGCGGGGAUUAUUAACCAGCCCUAUUACAACUACCAGAGAAACUGUAUUCAUUCUCCGCAGAACGAUGAAAAGCAGACGCUCAGGGAGCAGAGCGAGGAUGCAGAGGCAGGACCAGAAGCCGUGCUGGGGAGGACGAUCUGGGCUGUGCUGGGCUUGGGCGCCUUUGGGUUCCAGCUGAAGGAGGCCCCCGCCGGGAAGCACAUCAUCACCACCACCCGCUCCCAUGGCAGCCAGUUGGUGACCGACUGCGUGCAGGCCAUGGAGCCCGACGCCGUGCUGCGUGUGGGUGGCGCGGGGAACAAGAUCAUUCAACUGAUCGAAGGCAAGGCCUCUGCGUACGUGUUUGCAAGCCCCGGAUGUAAGAAGUGGGACACUUGUGCACCGGAAGUUAUCCUGCAUGCAGUGGGAGGGAAGCUGACCGACAUCCACGGCAACGCCCUCCAGUACAACAAGGACGUGAAGCACAUGAACUCCGCCGGGGUCCUGGCCGUGCUGAGGAACUACGACUACUACGCCAGCCGCGUCCCUGAGUCUGUCAAAAAGGCACUGGUUCCGUGAAAUCAGUGUCUUUUCCUCAGCCAGAGGACUUGGUUUUCAAAAAAGUACAUUUUAACUCUGAUCGGAAACAAUUAUCUAUCGUUGAUUAGUAAUUUAUGUGAGUUACAUAGGAAGAGAUCACAUUCAAGAAUCCAUUGCCUUUAUGGGGCCGAACACUCCUAUGCCCUACCCGUGCAAUAAAUUUUGUCUGUUCCUUUUCCUGUUUAAAAAAUUAGCCAGGUUGUGGUUGGAUGAGGCUGCCCAAAAAGCUGAGGCAGGAGGAAUGCCUAGGGGGUGCAAGAGAUCGAGGCCAGCCUGGGUGCAAACCAAAAUGCCGUCUUAAAAAACAAAAAUGAAUUUAGCUCGACAUGUUGCAUUUCUUUUCUUCUUUUUAGGUGGAGAAAUGGGAAAGGUUUAGUUUUCGCUGACCCUUUAGGUCAUUUAUUCUAUCAACGAUCCUCUCAUGAACCAGAUUUUUUCAGGGCAGAGAGCCUUCCAUUGUCCUAGAAUUUCAUUCUUGUUUGUUGCAGUAAACUUUAACAUGUUCCUACUCCAAUUAUGAAUGUAUAUAUUGUUGCUGUCUGAUGAGACGUUUGGAAAGUUUCUUCAAAAUAAAUUAUUUAAUUGUA